CAGUAUUUUUACGAAUGACUUAGCGUUUCAAUGCAAGGAACCUACUUUGCACCUUCCUAAUCCUUUCCUCGAAAUCAUGCCUUCCUCAUUCCUCUCCUCCAUAUAAAUUCAUUCCUUCUCCACAAACCCUACUGCACAUCCCUUCUGUGUUUCCAACCGUUUCGACUGCUUUUUCUCCUCUUUAUCAUGCUCCUGAGGCCCCGAAAAGCGAUCCUAAUGGCAUCCGCCAUACCCCAAGAUGAUGUCAGUGAUUCCAGAUUGCCGGCAAACCGCCACAAGCGGAGGUGGCGGAUGGCCUACACUGCCAUAUACUUCACGAGGGCACUUCUAGCUUUGUCCAAGAAAGCUCCUGACUCCAAGAAAGGUCUUCUGCGCUCUCUUUCUUACAUUGCCAUCGAUGUCCCUGAAGGUAGCCAGAGCGAGCAUCCUUGCGAUGAGCCUGUUUUCAACAUAGAACAGAAAACUCUCACCGAGAUGGUGAAAGAGAAAAACUUUGAAUUGUUGACAGAACUCGGUGGAGUCAAACAAGUCGCUGCCCUUCUUAACAGCAAUGUCAAUAAUGGUAUUAAAGGUAGUGGGGCUGAGCUUAUGCACAGAACUGAAGUUUUUGGAGCUAAUAAGUACCAGAAACAACCUGCAAAAAGCUUUCUUAGCUUUGUUCUUGAAGCGUUUAAAGAUACCACCAUAAUAAUCCUUCUAGUCUGUGCCAUCCUCGCCUUGGCCUUUGGCAUCAAACAGCAUGGCCCCAAAGAAGGGUGGUAUGAUGGUGGAAGCAUCAGUCUCGCAGUGGUUUUGGUGGUGGUUGUCUCUGCUGUCAGUAACUACAACCAAAACAGACAGUUUGAGAAGCUUUCUGAAGAGAGCAGUGAUAUUCGAGUGCAAGUCGUAAGAGGUGGAAGGCACCAACCUAUAUCGAUCUUCGACAUUGUGGUGGGUGACAUUGUGUCUUUGAAGAUCGGUGAUCAGAUUCCUGCAGAUGGGUUGUUUGUUGCCGGUCAUUCCGUGAAGAUUGAUGAGUCAAGCAUGACAGGAGAAAGUGAUCAUGUUGAGGUUAGUGAGAGAAAAAAUCCCUUCUUGCUUGCUGGCACAAAGGUCACCGAUAGUUAUGGAUACAUGCUCGUCACCUCUGUUGGUAUGAAUACAGCAUGGGGGGAGAUGAUGAGCUGCAUACAGCGUGACUUGGAUGAGCAAACACCACUUCAAGCCCGUCUCAACAAGCUGACUUCCUAUGUUGGAAGGAUUGGGUUGUCUGUGGCAGUAGUUGUUCUCUUGAUUUUGCUAGUUCGUUACUUCACCGGACACACUAAAGAUGCAACCGGAAAAAUUGAAUACAAUGGGAGUAACACCAAGCUUGAUGCUGUGAUGAAUUCAGUCCUGGGAAUUAUAGCUGCUGCAGUUACCAUUGUGGUAGUGGCAAUUCCAGAAGGGUUACCUUUGGCUGUCACUUUAACUCUGGCCUAUUCCAUGAAGCGUAUGAUGAAGGAUAAUGCCAUGGUGCGGAAACUGUCAGCAUGUGAAACCAUGGGUUCAGCCACCACAAUCUGCACUGACAAAACAGGCACUCUUACUUUAAAUGAGAUGAAGGUUAUAGAGUUUUGGGUUGGAAAAGAAAUGAUCAACAAUUCUCUAUCCCAUGAAAUAUCAUCUAAUCUCUUUCAAUUAAUUAAUGAAGGGGUUGGUUUAAACAGCAGUGGUACCGUUUACAAACCAGAUUCUACUUCAGUUCCAGAAAUCUCUGGAAGUCCAACCGAGAAAGCAAUACUCUCUUGGGCUGUGACCAAUUUGGGUAUGAACGUUAAUGAACCAAAACUGAGUUGUGAAAUAAUUCAUGUCGAAGCCUUCAAUUCAGAGAAAAAGAAGAGCGGGGUUCUGAUAAGGAGAAGCAAACAGAGGGCACUUGCAAUUCACUGGAAAGGGGCAGCUGAAAUCAUACUAGCCAUGUGUUCAACCUACUAUGACAAAACUGGGACAGUGAAGGACAUGAAUGAUGAAGAAAGAAUGAUGAUUGGAGCCAUAAUUGAACAAAUGGCAGCUAAAAGCUUGCGUUGUGUUGGAUUUGCUUAUGCAAAAGUAAGAGAAGAAAAUGAACAGAUUCAUUUGAAGCUUGAAGAAACAGGACUCACCUUGCUGGGACUUGUUGGUUUGAAGGACCCAUGUCGGCCAGGUGUCAGAGAGGCAGUAGAAUCUUGCAUAAAAGCAGGUGUCAAUAUCAAAAUGAUCACAGGAGACAACCUGCACACAGCAAGAGCUAUAGCUGUUGAAUGUGGUAUUCUCAGUCUUGAUGAGGAUUUAACAAAUGAAGCUGUAGUGGAAGGUGUGCAGUUUAGAAAUUACUCACCUGAAGAAAGAAUGCAAAAGAUUGAAAAUAUCAGAGUAAUGGCUCGAUCAUCCCCCUUUGACAAGCUUCUAAUGGUACAAUGCUUGAAGCAGAAUGGGCAUGUGGUAGCAGUCACAGGAGAUGGUACAAACGAUGCUCCAGCACUAAAAGAAGCAGAUAUUGGGCUUUCCAUGGGAAUUCAAGGCACCGAAGUCGCCAAAGAUAGCUCAGACAUCGUCAUUUUGGAUGACAACUUCACCUCUGUGGUGACUGUUUUGAGAUGGGGAAGGUGUGUCUACACCAAUAUCCAAAAGUUUAUUCAAUUUCAACUUACAGUGAAUAUUGCUGCCUUGGUCAUUAACUUCAUUGCAGCUGUUUCUUCUGGUAAAGUUCCUCUAACUGCAGUCCAGCUAUUGUGGGUGAACCUCAUAAUGGACACCUUGGGGGCACUAGCCUUGGCCACUGACCAACCUACCAACGAUCUCAUGAAAAAGCCACCUGUAGGCCGUGUUGAGCCCCUUAUAACCAAUGGAACAUCCAUUUUUGGCGUGACAGAACAGGUCAAAAACACCCUAAUAUUCAAUACUUUUGUCCUCUGUCAAGUCUUCAAUGAAUUUAAUGCAAGAAAGCUAGAGAAGAGAAACAUAUUUGAAGGGAUACACAAAAACAAGUUGUUUUUGGCAAUCACUGGAAUUACAGUAGUUCUUCAAGUGAUAAUGGUGGAGUUUCUAAGGAGGUUUGCUAAUACUGAGAGGUUGGAUUGGAUGCAAUGGGGUGCUUGCAUUGGUAUCGCAGCUCUGUCGUGGCCGAUUGGUUACAUAGUUAAGUGUAUUCCAGUUUCUGGGAAGCAGUUCUGAAACAUAGGCCUUCUGCAACACAAACAGAUAGUCAUUAGAAUUUCCUUUUAAUCUUCGUCCUUCUUUUUUUGCCCUUUCAUUGGUUACAAUAAAAAUGUACAUUGACU